AUGGCUCCCGUGUCGUCGGACAAGGUCGUCUUUACACACGACAAAAAGGCCAAAGAGAAGAUGGGCGAGGGAGCACAGGUGUUCUCGGCCGUCGUCCACUUCAAUCCAACUUACGGUCAAUUAGAUGGAGCUGUCCACGUCCCGGACGGCCAAAGCAUUCCCGACGUGAAUCGUUUUCUGGCGGAACUCGUCAAGGGGAUGCACGGUAUUGGACGCCGACGACGGGUCACACGCCGUCGACGGAAGAGAUCAACGUCCGAACCUGGUCAAAGUACGGCGGCGAUCGGCGACACAAUCGAAGUGGGGGUGGUCGGAAGCAGCGUGCGGGGAACGCCCGAUACCGUGGGAUACGAAGACGCAACGGCGAAGGAAGUCGCAAGUGUGGAUGUGGAUGCCCCACACGAAAUCGAGGCCGAUGACGACGGCGCCGCUGUUUUUGGCGGCACUGUAUCGGGCGUCCAGCAAGACGACGCUGAUGUAGGCGAAACCCCCAGCAACCCAGCAGAACAUGAACAACGGACGGAUUUAGCGCCACUCAACCACGAUGGCGAGGGCAUGAUGGAGGAUUUUUCCAUGAGCGACGCUGACACUGCGAGUGCGAUCGGCGCGGCUGAGGAAGGUUCUUUCCUCGGGCUGCCUGAGAUGGACUUGUGCGACAUCUUCGGGAUGGAAGCUUGCGCGUCUACGUUUGUGUCAGUUGGUGACAGCAAGCUGAGUAUACUGGAAGGACAGUCAAGCGAUACCAUUCCUGGUCAGAACAGGUUGGAGGUGGAGUUAUCGGGCGAAACGCGGAAGGAGGGUACGGCGGCAGCCGAAAUGGCAGCUUUAAGCUACCAGCCGAAAGUUCCACAGACGCGAACAAUUGCUGUCGCACGUGCCUAUAGACCUGACAGGAGUUCCUUCAAGAUCCACCGGUUCUUUUGUCGGGUUUCUCAGCGGAUCCGGCUUGCAAGAUAUGGAGGGGAACUGAACACGGAACAUGUCUGAUAAAUAAGGCGAGGUGUCAAAGCUGUUUAAGGAGAUUCUGGCGCGACGGCGUCAUGCAGAGGUUAAAGCGUAGGGCCGCUAUGUACGUAGGGUGGCUUAUGCGAUUCUUAGUUCACUGAGACUCACUCACCUAUUGGAAGGGAAAUUCGUACAACUAUAGACCAGAGUUGCAGUGAUCGUGUUUAAGGCCCAAAACUGAGCAAGUAGGGUUGGGACAAAGGGACU